UGUUUUAUUUGUAUAAAUCUUCUAAUCUAACAUACAUAGAUGUUCACACAUUUAAAUAUGCGAAAUUUAUUAUAUCUGAGGAGUGCCGCAUUCAGUGCUCAUAAUUAUCUAUUGAGCUCAUAAUGAAGCUGUCAGCGAAUUUAAACUUUUUAUUUACCGAAGGUGGUAAGCCCAUAUCUGAACGGAUUUAUAUGGCACAUGGAGCUGGAUUUAAUGCUGUAGAAAUACCUUUUCCAAGUUCUGAAUUGGAAAAAGUAUUGCAAGCAAAAGAAUCAACAGGAAUACAAAUUGGACUAAUUAAUAUUAGCUUGGGGGAUUCGAAGUUUGGUAAUGGUAGUAUUCCCAACAAUCAGGAAAAGUUUAAGAAAGAACUGAAGGAUACAAUUGAAUUUGCUAAGAAAGUGCGAUGUACAAAGUAAGUUCAAAAUACAUAAGUAAAAUA